GCAGGUGCCCGCUAACUCGCGUCUCACCGCGCGGCUGCCGAGGCUAGGCUGGGCACUGCUGGAGGACCCGGGGUGGGGGUCCGUCCCGGCUGGACUCCGGAGGGAGGGGGCCGAGCUUAGCCCACAGGCCGUAGAGGCAGUUCGAAGCAGCGCUCCAAGCCCGCUCCAGUGCACGCUCCGGGAGCUGCCCGCUCGGCCACAGAGGCCCGCGCGCCUAGCUGUGCGCUGUGGCCGGACUCCGCGUUCGCUGGCUAGCACACCCCUCGCCGCUCCGCGCCUGGCUCACCCGCAGGGGCUGAGCGCGGGCGGGCGGGCGGGGGAGGUGAGGGGUACUGGUGUGCGUGCAUGUGCCUGGCUGGGUGUACACCCCGCACGGCGGCGGCGCCAAGACGCGGAGCGCUCCCCAGAACCCGGCUGCCUCUCUCGGCUCUGGCGCCCGCGACCAUGUUCCAGCCUACAGCCAAGCGCGGCUUUACCAUCGAGUCCUUGGUGGCCAAGGACGGCGGCAGCAGCGGGGGCACUGGCGGCGGGGGUGCGGGCUCCCAUCCCUUGGCUGCGGCCGCCUCGGAGGAGCCUCUCCGGCCCACCGCACUCAAUUACCCUCACCCCGGCGCGGCUGAGGCGGCAUUCGUGAGCGGUUUCCCCGCUGCCGCCGCGGGCGCCGGCCGCUCGCUCUACGGCGGGCCCGAGCUCGUGUUCCCAGAGGCCAUGAACCAUCCCGCGCUGACCGUGCAUCCUGCGCACCAGCUGGGUGCCUCCCCGCUGCAACCCCCACACUCCUUCUUCAGCGCCCAGCACCGGGACCCUCUGCACUUCUACCCCUGGGUCCUGCGGAACCGCUUCUUCGGCCACCGCUUCCAGGCAGCGAGCGACGUGCCCCAGGACGGGCUGCUUCUGCACGGCCCCUUCGCGCGCAAGCCCAAGAGGAUCCGCACGGCCUUCUCUCCCUCGCAGCUGCUGCGACUGGAGCGCGCCUUUGAGAAGAACCACUACGUGGUGGGCGCCGAGCGGAAGCAGCUGGCCGGCAGCCUCAGCCUCUCGGAGACGCAGGUGAAGGUGUGGUUCCAGAACCGGAGGACAAAGUACAAGCGGCAGAAGCUGGAGGAAGAGGGGCCCGAAUCUGAGCAGAAGAAGAAGGGCUCCCACCACAUCAACCGGUGGCGCAUCGCCACCAAGCAGGCCAAUGGGGAGGACAUCGAUGUCACCUCCAAUGACUAGGGUGGGCAGCCACGAACCCGUGAGGGCAGAGUGCUGCUCGCUGCUGGCCAGGCCCUGGGAUGGGCCCAGCUGGACUCUGGCCACUCUCCGGCCGGGCUGCGGGAGGCCUCCCACCACAGCCCCAUAGGGCACGGAGCCUGGGGCUACCACCGACAGAGGGACAAGAAAUGGGCUGGCUGAGGCCUAGGACUGCUCGACCUUCUCCUCGGAGAACUGCCUGCCUGCCUGGGCAGGCCAACAGCCAUUGCUGCCUCCCAGCCAUUCUCCAUUUCUCUUUUCUUUUUGUUUUUGAUGCAUUUCUGUUUUAAUUUAUUUUCCAGGCACCCACUGUAGUUCUUAGUGAUUCCUUGUGUUUCCCUUCCCAGUGGGAACAAUAAAAGUCUCUUAAUGACAUGGGCAUCCAGCUCCACCCCAGAGCCCGUGAGCCUGGGGUGGUGGGUUCGUGUUCUGGGAGCCAGUGGGGACUGGCAGAGCAAGCUUGUUCAGGACCUGGGACCUGGGGUGCGGCCUUGGAGAUUCAGUUUACUCACUCCUUUCCUUUGUUGUUCAUCGACCUGGCCUCUGACCCACCUCCACAAGAGAAGCCGAGGCUAGACAGGGAAGAGCCACCCUGUAUACGAGGAAGGCUCUGAUCAGGUCUUUGCAAACAUGUUGAGCCAUGAGAAUCAGGCCUGGGUGGGCCAGGGGAGAGAGAGUGUGUGCACUUCCCCGUGCUGAGAGACUCUGGUGGCUUCUCCAGUUGAGGAGGAGCCAGAGGAAAAGGGGAGUACUGGGUGCGGGUGGAGGGGACACCCUUCACAGAGGCUGACAGUCCCAGGCCCCCCUCCUGGGGCCUGGAGGCCUGGCCAGGACGCUCACCUGUGUCCGGAGAGCCCCCUCUGCAAACUAAAGCUGCAGAGACAGGGCGUGAGUGUGAGUCUGCGACCAGUGCCCGAGGACUCAGGGCCUCCAGCCAGGAAAGGGCUCCAAAGCAGGCCGCACCACGCUCUUUAGUUCACCUGCCCUUCACUUGCCCCACGUGUCUUACCUGCGUGUCACACACCAAGGUUUCCUUCAUCCUAAUAAAGUAAAACCUGUAUUC